AUGGGAUUUACGCUGCCUCCACGCAUGAACAACUCUGCUGCUGCCGACAAUGUACGCUCGCUCAUGGCCCGCAAGGAUGCCAUUGAAGCAGAGAUGGAGGCCCAACUCUCGGUUCUGCAGAGCAACUCUAUGACCAUGGACACUCCUCUUGUCGACUCCGAGGGCUUUCCUCUGGCGGACGUAGAUAUAUGGGCCGUGCGCCACGCUCGCGUGCGGAUCAUCGAGCUGCGGAAUGACCUCAAAGCUCUCAUGGACAACAUGUUGCUCGCGUUACAACAAGUCUACGAUCCGAGCGCACAGUCCCAACCAGUAACAGCGGCAGCCUCCUCUACGGAGCAUGCCUCCACCGACACUCCGCAGCCGUUUGCAAAAGUUGAAGGCGUUGCACCGGGGAGCCCUGCCGCUACAGCAGGGCUCUUGCGAGAGGAUCUUGUUUUGUCUUUCGGUCCUCUCACCAAAUCGUCCUUCGCGACAUCAUCGCUCCAACCCCUCGCAGAACUUGUCGCCGCCCAAGAAAACGUGCUCAGAUCGGAUGAUCGCAGGGUAAGACUUACCUUCAUCCCACGACGAGGAUGGGGCGGACGAGGUCUGCUUGGGUGA